UAACAUCCGCCCUUCUCAAAAGUCAAAAUUCUUUUUAGGACUGAAUCGGCAUCGCCUGGUUCGUAUAGUUAUAUUGCUCGGACUCUUGGAACAGAUUCUGCCGGUAUUCCGCCAUUCCCACCAAAAGCAAUGGCGGCGAUUUGCUCUCACUCCACCCUUCGAUCAGAUAAAAACUCACUCCCUACUCACUCCUACUCCACUAGGUCUCUUCGGCGAUCGGUAAAGUUUUUUGGCGAGCUUUCAGGUUUCUCUGUCGCUUCUCCGCCUAGGUUUCCGGCUGGUUUUCCUUCAAUUUCUUGCCAGAGCUCUGCGACUUACCCUCCUUCCGUUGUAUUGCAAGUGAAAGCCGAGAAGAAGGAUUUCCUUCACCUUAGUGAUUUUGAUAAAUCUACCCUCUUGAAGAUCUUAGACCGUGCGGUUGAAGUUAAGGCGCGACUAAAAUCUGGUGAUAGGACAUUUCUCCCCUUUAAAGGGAAGACAAUGGCUAUGAUCUUUGCAAAACCAUCCAUGAGAACCAGAGUCUCAUUUGAGACUGGCUUCUUCUUGCUAGGGGGCCAUGCCAUAUAUUUAGGGCCCGACACUAUCCAAAUGGGAAAAAGAGAGGAAACUAGGGAUAUUGCUCGUGUUUUGUCUCGCUAUAAUGAUGUCAUCAUGGCCCGAGUUUUUGGUCAUCAGGAUAUUCUUGAUUUAGCUAAAUAUGCCACUGUGCCUGUAAUUAAUGGCCUGUCGGAUUACAACCAUCCUUGUCAAGUAAUGGCUGAUGCACUCACUAUGAUUGAACACAUUGGCAAGUUAGAAGGAACUAAGGUUGUGUAUGUUGGAGAUGGAAAUAACAUGGUGCACUCGUGGUUGUUGUUGGCAUCAGUUAUACCCUUCCACUUUGUUUGUGCCUGUCCUAAAGGUUUUGAGCCUGAUAAGCAUACGGUUGAAAAAGCCCGGCAGGCUGGAGUUAGCAAGAUUGAGAUUACCAAUGAUCCCAAGGAAGCAGUGAAAGGUGCUGACGUUGUGUACUCGGAUGUCUGGGCCAGCAUGGGACAGAAAGAGGAGGCUGAAUAUCGGCGUCAAGCGUUUCAAGGUUUCCAGGUUAACGAAGAGCUCAUGAACUUAGCAGGUUCAAAGGCUUACUUCAUGCAUUGCCUACCAGCCGAAAGAGGCGUAGAGGUAACAGAUGAGGUAAUUGAGGCUCCCAACUCCAUCGUCUUUCCACAAGCUGAGAAUCGAAUGCACGCACAGAAUGCUAUAAUGCUUCAUGUUCUUGGCUUGUGAUUGUGUAGCACCCAAUACUGGGAUAUGCCAAUUCAUGUUUCAAUAAUAGCAUGCCAAAGUUGGCCUUUGAGUCUGUACUAUUUUUUGUACUGUCUUCUAUUUCUUGCACGCUACCUGGAACCGACUUUUUGCAGUACGGAUUAACUUUCGGAGCUAGAAUUUGUCAUGAGCCUCGACCUCCUUUUGGCAUUUCUUGUUUAGUUGAAACGUUAAUGACCCAAGCAAAUGUAACUCAAAUGUUUUAUAUUAUGUCAACAUUUUGUUGUGC